AUGGAAAGAAGGAAUUGGACAUUGGUGACUGAGAUUAUUCUUGUGGGGAUACCAACCACCAGAGCUCUUGGGGGUCUCCUGUUCUUUAUUUUUUCAUUGGCUUACUUGGUGACAGUCCUUGGAAACAGCCUAAUCAUUAUGCUGAUUCUCAUGGAUUAUAGGCUUCACUCACCCAUGUAUUUCUUCCUCAGCAAUCUCUCCUUCAGUGAAGUAUUAACCACAACCUGUGCUGUUCCCAAGAUGCUGGCAGGCUUCCUGUCAGACAGAAAGAGCAUAUCCUUUGGUGGAUGCUUCACCCAGUCUUAUUUCUACUUCCUCUCUGGAUGUACUGAGUUUAUCCUUUUUGCAGUUAUGUCCUAUGAUCGUUAUGUGGCCAUUUGCAGCCCUCUUCAGUACCCAGCAAUUAUGACCAGCUCACUGUGUGUGCGUCUUGUUAUCCUCUCUUGGGUGGGUGGUUUUCUCCUCAUUCUCCCGUCCACUGUCCUUAAGGUGGGGCUGCCAUACUGUGGCCCCAAUGUGAUUGAUCACUUUUUCUGUGACAGUGCCCCCCUCCUCCACUUGGCCUGUGCUGACAUCCACAUCAUUGAGCUGUUAGACUUCCUCAGCUCCCUUGUCCUGCUCAUCAGCUCCCUCUCACUCACUGUGGUCUCCUAUGUUUAUGUCAUCUCCACCAUUCUGAAGAUACCCUCAGGUCAAGGUCAACGCAAAGCCUUUGCUACGUGUGCCUCUCACUUCAUUGUGGUCUCCAUGGGCUAUGGGAUCUCCAUUUUUGUGUAUGUCCACCUCUCCCAGAAGAGCAGCUUACAUCUCAACAAGAUCCUCUUUAUCCUCUCUAGUGUUCUCACACCCCUCCUGAAUCCCUUCAUCUUCGGUCUACGGAAUGAAACCAUGAAAGAUGUUCUGAAGGACAGCUUGGCCAAGGGCUGGAACUUCCUCAAGGGGAUGAGGUCCAAGUGACACGAUCUGUGAGAGUCAUUUUAAUUCUGGGAUCCUCAGCUUCAUCCAUGAUUCCAGCAAAGCCCCAUGAUGUACGUAAAUUAACAAAUAAUGUGUGCUAUGAAAGUAUUUUAACUUGAUAACCAAAUAUACAGGUUUCAUGUGUAUGUUAGAUUUUGAAGAUUUUGUUACAAUAAUUAAUAUUUUCAUUUAUAAGUGCUAAUAGAUGAUGAUGUGUUUAGUAAUAGAAGUAAUAGUAUAGUAUUUACUAAAAACUCAGUUUCAGAUAUCAGUUGGUU